AUGUCUCAACCUAUUAAAACAGGACAUCUUCGUUACUAUCAUAAGGGUUUAUUAUCUAAAAGCUGGAAAGAUUAUUUUUUUGUAUUAUUUAAUGACUCUACGUUACAAUGGUAUGAAAAACAAAAUAGCCCAAAAGCACAAGGAUCAAUACGUAUUCGUGAUAUAGCUCAACAUCUAUGUGUUGGACCAUAUACACGAUGUUUCCCUGAUCGUCCACAACUUCCUCGACCAGCUGAUGAACCUAAUCUUAUCGCCUUACCAAGAACAUUACCUGGAAAUAAAAAUCAAGAGAUAAUAUGGAUACUUUGUAAUGAUGUUACACAUUUAAAUGAUUGGAUGAAAGCCAUUGUUUCUACAUUACCCCCACCACCACAACAAAAUCCACAACCACCAUCUGCCCAGCCACAGGGUGGUGCUUAUCGACCACCAGCUCCACAACAAGGUGCUAAUUUUCGACCAUCUGCUCCUCCACCACCAUCAAAUCCUUAUGGUCAACAACAACAACAACAACAACAAAAUCGACCAUUAUAUCCACAGCUACCAAACAAUCAACAACCAAGUUAUAAUAAUACAACAGUCGUUGUACAACCAUCACCUGCAUAUGGUGGUACUGUAGGAUCUAAUGUACAAAAUACAAGUAGUACUAAAAAGACUCUUCUUGCUGGAGGAUUAGGUCUUGCUGGUGGAACAUUACUUGGUGGUGCACUUGGUUAUGCAUGGGGAGGCGGUUUCGGUGGACAUCAUGGUUGGGGAUAUGGAAUGGGUCCUAGUAAUUAUUAUGGUGGUGGUGGUGGAUAUGGAAUGGGAUUUGGUAACAUGUUUGGUGGUGGUGGUGGUGGUGGCAUCGGUGGAUGGAAUGAUAUCAAUGAUACAACGGUCAUCAAUAAUUACUACGACAAUGAUACAACAAAUAAUUAUACCAAUGAUACAACAAAUAAUGAAUAUUCAAACUAUAACGAUACGAAUAAUUAUAACGGGUCUGGCAAUCAACAACAAGACAAUUCUCAAUACGAUAACAACGGUGGACAAGAUACAGGAUAUAAUAAUAAUGGUGGUGGAUGUUAUGAUAAUGGUGGUAAUAAUGGAGAUUACGGUAGUGGUGGUGGCGACUAUGGUGGUAAUACAGGUGAUUACGGUGGUGGUAAUACCGGUGAUUAUGGUGGUGGUGAUAGUGGUAAUUACGGCGGUGGUGACAGCGGUAAUUAUGGCGGUGGUGAUACCGGUGAUUAUGGUGGUGGUGAUACUGGCGAUUAUGGUGGUGGUGAUACUGGCGAUUAUGGUGGUGGUGAUACUGGUGAUUAUGGUGGUGGUGACAGUGGUGACUAUGGUGGUGGUGAUUAUGGAGGCGGUGAUAGUGGUGACUAUGGUGGUGGUGAUUACGGUGGUGGCGGCGAUUGGUAA